AUGACAAAGGUUCUCCUCACUGGUGGCUCAGGCUUCAUUGCCGCUCAUACACUCGAGCAGCUCCUCGAAAAGGACUACACUAUCGUCACAACCGUCCGCUCAGAGGACAAGGCCAACAAGAUCCGCAAUGCGUUCCCAGACAAGGUCAAGGAUGGCAAGCUAGAGAUCGUUAUCGUACCGGAUAUUGCCAAGUCCGAUGCUUUUGACGAGGUGGCCAAGACACCUGGUCUCGAUGCUGUUGUUCACGUUGCUAGCCCUUUUCACUUCAAUAUCAGCGACCCCAAGAAGGACCUCAUAGAUCCAGCGGUCAUCGGGACAACUGGUAUCCUCAAGGCUCUCCACGCCUCAGCCCCUGGCGUAAAGCGAGUCGUCAUUACCUCGUCCUUCGCCUCCGUUCUUGACGAAGCCAAGUUCACCGAUGGAUCACAUGUCUUCUCCGAGAAGACUUGGAACCCCGUCACCAUUGACGACAUCGGUCGCUCUGACGCAACUGCCUACCGCGCCUCAAAGACGCUCGCUGAGCGUGCAGCUUGGGAUUUCGUUGCUGAGAAGAAACCCUCCUUUGACCUUGUGACUGUUUGUCCACCCCUGGUCCUGGGUCCUGUGUCUAAGCAUCUAGCUACACUCGAGAGCAUCAACACUUCCAAUGAACGCAUCGUCAAGCUCCUGCAGGGUGGAUGGAAAGACGAGAUUCCUCCCUGCACACCCGUGCCCCUCUGGAUCGACGUCCGGGACGCCGCGCGCGCACACGUCCGCGGCCUUGAGGAGCCCAGUGCUGGCGGAAAGCGGCUCUUUACCACAGCUGGAUUGUUUUCGCACCGCGAGAUCAUCGACGUUGUUGCGAAGAAGUUCCCGGAGUUUAAGGAUAAGCUUCCUGGGCCUGAGGUCAAGGGCGGCGAGCUUCCUCCCAAAGACCAAAUUUUUGGAAUUAACAAGGAUGAGACAGACAAACUGGUCAAGAUUGACUGGAUCAGUAUUGAGAAGAGCGUUACGGAUCUUGUUGAGUCGCUCAAGGAGAUUGGUAUCUAG